AUGGCGCUGCGGGCGGGCGGCUGGCGCCCGCUCUGCCUGCUCUGCUGCCUGCUCUGCUGCCCGCUGCGCGCCGCGCGGCCGCCGCACCUCGUGGUGCUGCUGGCCGACGACCUGGGCUGGGGCGACGUGGGCUGGCACGGCUCGGCCAUCCGCACGCCGCGGCUGGACGCGCUGGGCGCGGGCGGCGUGCGGCUCGAGCGCUACUACACACAGCCGCUGUGCACGCCCUCGCGCAGCCAGCUCCUCAGCGGCCGCUACCAGAUCCACACAGGUUUACAACACCAAAUAAUUUGGCCCUGCCAACCCAACUGCCUCCCCCUGGAUGAGAAGCUACUCCCAGAGCUCCUUAAAGAGGCAGGAUAUGUUACCCACAUGGUGGGGAAGUGGCAUUUGGGGAUGUACAGGAAGGAAUGCCUUCCAACACGGAGAGGAUUCGAUACUUUCUUUGGCUAUCUUCUGGGGAGUGAGGAUUACUACUCUCAUGACCACUGUGUGCUCAUCAAAGCAAAGAACGUAACACGCUGUGCUCUGGACUUCCGAGAUGGAGAAGAAGUUGUGACUACAUUUAAAAAUGUGUACUCCACUAAUUUAUUCACUGAAAGAGCUAUAGAUCUCAUAGCCAAUCAUAAGACUGAGAAGCCUCUCUUUCUCUACCUUGCUUUUCAAUCUGUCCAUGAGCCUCUUGAGGUCCCCGAGGAAUACAUGAAACCAUAUUCCCACAUUAAGGAUGAAAAGAGGCGCCGUUAUUCAGGAAUGGUGGCACUUAUGGAUGAAGCUGUAGGAAACCUUACUGAUGCUCUGAAAAAGUACGAUCUUUGGAAUAACACAGUUCUUAUUUUCUCUACUGAUAAUGGAGGACAAACUUUGUCAGGUGGAAACAACUGGCCACUGAGAGGAAGAAAAUGGACUCUUUGGGAAGGAGGAGUGAGAGGAGUAGGCUUUGUGGCGAGUCCUUUGCUGAAGCGGAAAGGUGUAGAAAGCCACGAACUUAUCCAUAUCUCCGACUGGCUGCCAACGCUGGUACACCUGGCUGGAGGGCGUACCAAUGGCACUAAGCCUCUGGAUGGCUUUGAUGUUUGGAAAACUAUCAGUGAAGGAAAAGCAUCUCCCAGAAUUGAACUGCUUCAUAACAUAGACCCCAUGUUUGUGGAUGAUUCUCCAUGUCUUGGCAUUGACAACAGAACAUCUCUAUCACAGAGCAGUUCUUUUGCAUGGGAUGAUACAGUUUUCAAUAUCUCCAUGCAUGCAGCGAUUCGACAUGGAAAAUGGAAGUUACUAACUGGAUAUCCAGGCUGCAGUCACUGGUUCCCUCCACCAUCUUUGUUCAAUGAGUCAAUGAUUCAGUCAUCUGAUCCACCAACAAAGAGACUCUGGCUUUUUGAUAUUGUUCAUGACCCUGAGGAGAAAAAUGAUUUGUCCGAAAAAUAUCCUAACGUGGUGAAGAAACUGCUCUCACGACUUCAGUAUUACCAUAAACGUUCAGUGCCUGUGUUCUACCCUGAUGAGGAUCCCCGCUGUGAUCCAGCAGCAACUGGUGCCUGGGGUCCUUGGGUGUAGUGCAGAGCACAGCUCCCUGCAGAACUCACAUGAUUGGAAUUUGAUUUGUGGUCUCAGGGUGCUAGUCAUGUAUCUCUUAUCCUGUUUUUUACAGUAUUGUUAAUUGUGAGUUCAUUCCUUGAGUAAUUGAGUCCUUCUUACCAUCGUAAUAUGGUGGGAAUCUUAUUUCAGUCCUUCCCACUCUCUCCUUCUCAACAAUCAUACACGAAAUGCUGAUAAAUUAGAAAUCUUUUGUUUGAAUAUUCCUUGUCAACAAGAUGCCUUUAAAGUAGAAUGUUAAUUCCGUCCCUGAAAGAAAUUACUUCUGCUAAAAAGCUGCCAUGAGUCAUGACAACAGGAUCAUUCAGACUUCGGUUGUGAAACAGACUGAUGCUUCAUUUCAUGCAGGUCCAGAAGACAAAUUCUACCAGAAACUCCUAUGUAUCUGUAAAGAACAGAAGAAAUGCAGCAGUUGGCAUGAUUUUUUAUCUUUGAUGUGCACUUCUGUCCAGAGAAGAGGUCGUAAAUCUCCAAUAAUAAAAAUAAAAAUCUUACACUAUACAGCAAAAUCCCUUAUUCAUGUUCACUGUUAACAUAUGACUUUGGGGUAGAGAGAGAUGAUCAAAAUGAGGACAGGGCUCCUGCGUGGAGGUACAUUAACACAUCAGAGAAGCAGGUGAACAAAAGCUUUCUGAAGCUCAGAGCGCAGAGUCCGCACUUGGAAUGGCAGAACCUCCAGAACAUGGCUUGGCCCUGCCUGGAGAGAGAGCAUUGACGUGGGGAAGAACCUGGGAUCCUGUU